AUGAGUACGAUGGAUGUCCCGGGCACCGCCAUUGAGCAGUAUUUCAACCAGCUCAUCCAGAUGAGGCUUCUCACACAGGUGAUUGUAUCAGAUACUCGGGGUGAUACGACUGUUGCGUGUCUCAUGGGUUUGGAACAUGGAGGAGACGCUGUUGUUUCGUCAUCUGAAGAUACGUACGGCGUAGCAGAGUCGAUAAUGGAAAGCAACGUCGCCCUUAGUGGUGCUCGAUGCUUUCAGAAUUUAGACCAACUGAACCUGGGUGUGCCACUCUAUGUAAGCUUUCAGUAUCACGAUGAUGUCGUUGUGCAGACGCUCGAUGGGUGCUGUAUGCUGACUCUCAUCGGUAGCCGGUCCCAAGGACAUUUUGUAGGUGGCCUACUAACACUUCUCGAUCAAAUACGUUCGUGCGAGGCAUAUCAAGAGCUACUAACACAAACUCAACUAUGCUUUAGGUGA